UAAGUACAUGUCAGUUUAUUUGAAGCUGCACGAUUGCACUUUGAACAAAUUGCACCACCAAUCAUGCGAUAUCAUACAAUGUUGAAUCACAUGCCGCUACACAAAGCAAUAAUUAAAUUAAUUUGCAUUUAAGAGUAUAUAAAACGUGCAACAGCGCAAAACUAGUUCUAAUAUUACGUGUAGCAAUCAUGAGUGUAACUAUAUCAAAUAAUAUAAUAAAAGGACCUCCAGUGACGGCGCAAUGUCCGAAAGAAGGUUUGGGGUGUAUGAUAUUUGCUGCUUGCACAAAAUACGCAAAAAAGAUUUGCCACAUAAGUCCAUGUGGGAAUGAAUUGGAGAAUUUUAAAAGUGAGACAUUUGAAAGUUUCAAAGAUCGUUCUUCAAGAGUAGCCAAAGAGUUGAUCCGUCGAGGAGUCAAACCAAAGGAUGUGAUUGUCAACUGUUGUCCGAAUCAUUAUGAUAGUGCAAUAACAACUGCAGCAUGUUUAUACAUUGGUGCAAUUUCUUCAACUUUGGAUCCAACUUUAUCUCACAGAGAAUGCGGGCAUUUGUUGAAGUUAAUUGAGCCGAAAUUUAUUUUUGUGCAUGAAGAUGCUCUGGAGUUAAUUGAAGAAAGUUUAAAAAUAAGUGGUCUUAAUGAAAGUGAUAUACAUCCUCAAAUUGUUAUUCAAGGAUCUACAGGUGACAAUAAAAAAAAUGUAAAAUAUGAUACAUUUAAAACUUUUUUGCAAAAUGACGCAAAAGGAUUUAAACCAAGGAAAGCAGAGAAUUUGGAUGAAAAUUGCCUGAUUAUGUUCAGCAGUGGUAGUACUGGACUAUCAAAAGGGAUUUGUGUAUCUCACAAAUCAUUCUUUUUAGGAGCUCAUAGUUUACUUGAAUUACUGGAUGACACUACUUGUAUUUUACACUAUAGUACACUAUACUGGGUGUCCGCCAUUAUGAUUUUCAUAGCGACGUUUAUCAAUGGAAGUUGUCGAUUAGCCGCAAGAAGUUUUAUACCUGAGGAUACCUGUAAAUUAAUUCAAAAACACAACAUUACUUCAGCAUUUAUGGCAACACCAAUGGCUUAUCAAUUCGAAGCAUUAAAACACUUAUCAAAGAAGUAUAACAUCUCUUCCUUGAAAAGUAUUCUUUUAGGAGGAGGUCCACUUAGUGCUGAGCAAAUGGUCAAAGCACGAGAAUGUUUACCACAUUGCAGUAUUUUCCUAGGAUAUGGUAUGACAGAAGUAGCAUCGUGUGUAGUUGGCUACCUCCCGCAAGAUAGAAAAGAUUUUUUGCAGUAUCCAUCAUCUUGUGGGAGACCUAUGAGAGGAAUGCAACUAAAGAUUGUGGAUCCCGAAUCAAACAAAUUACUCGGCCCUGAUGAAAUGGGUGAAAUACUUUUCAAACCACCAUCAAAACUGCUCGGAUACUACAAGAAAACAGAAGACAGUUAUGAUGCCGAUGGGUUUUUUAAAUCUGGAGAUAUAGGAUAUUUUAACCAGCAUUUCUUAAUCUACGUUUGUGAUCGAAUAAAAGAUAUGUUCAAAUACAUGUCUUGGCAUAUUGUCCCAGCCGCUGUUGAAGCUGUCAUCAAAGAACAUCCAGCAGUACAAGAAUGUGUAGUAUUUGGCAUUCCUAGUGAAAUUGCGGAAAAUCUACCAGCUGCUGCUGUAGUUUUGAAACCCGGUUGCAACAUUAAAGAAAGUGACAUUGAAGAUUUUGUCGCCGAGUUGGUAGUUGACCGAGAGAAGCUGCGUGGUGGAGUUUAUUUCGUCGAAAAUAUGCCGAAAACUCCGUCUGGAAAGAUUCAGCGUCGGAAAGUUAAAGAUAUGUUAUUGAAGUGUAUGCCAAGAUAAAUAUUGACUGUGAUUUACUGGGUCAUUGGUUACUAGUUUAUAAAUAGAUAAACAUGUUUUGUAAUCGUGUUAUAUUAGAAGUUGUUGUUUACUUAUGAUUUAUAUUAAUUUAGAUAUGUGAAACUGCAGAGUCAUUGAUAGCAGAUAUGAAUAAAGAGAUAUUACGUCAA